GUGUGACGACAUUAGGUGUGGGAAUUUCGAGGAGUAAUUACGGCGACGGGGUCCCGUUACGAGCGCGAUAACGCUCGUGAAACGACAAACUAAAUCCCCCGAGCAGAGUCAUCGUCGUCGUCGACUGAUCGGGCCGCUGAUUCGAUGUUGAGGACUUAUCGGCGCUCGGUGCGUUAUCUGCGAACGAUCGUCGCGCGACGCGACCGAGGAGAACCCGAAGAGCAGCGACUGCCGGUCCUCCUCGUCUUCGUGCCCACGUAAGAGAGAGAGAGAGAGAGAACGAGAGAGAAAGAGGGAAAAAGUGAAGGAGCAGCUCAAGUCCGCGGGACACCUCGAUCAUGGACGAUCAAGAGAGCCCGUUCGUGCGGUCGCAGGCCAGCAGGAGCCUGAUCCGGCCGCAGCCUGCUGGACGGAAGAAGUUCCUGCUGCUGCCGACGGCUGAGAAGGCGCGGCAGUUAACGGUGAGCCGGCAGCCGACGCCGGAAAUGAAGAGCCCGGGCGCUCCGAAGCGAUUAUCGGCGCCGCACACGCCCCUGGAGAGCCUGAAGCAGUGGGAGCUGGUGGAGGAUGACAAGGGUCUACAGGUGGUGGAGAAACGGGCGGGCGCUCCUCUGAGUCCCAUCAGGCCGAAGGAGAUGAUCGCCGGGCCGUUGUACAAUAAUACGCCCGUUUCGGGGAGGCGGUUCGCCGAGAAGAGCGGCGGCAUGGACGCCAGUCUGGAGGAGAAGCUGAGGGUCUUCAACGACUCGAAGAUCGUCCAACCGGUCGGGCUUCCGCUCGGCCAGCAGCGGGAACAGCCGGCCACGGAGCUGAAGACGCCGCUCAGCCUCGAUCUGAUCCUGAAGCAGCGCACGAGCACGAUCGUCGAGAGCACCGACAUGCUGCAGCGGCUGGAGCAGCAGGUCAUGGCCAUCGAACUGGGCACGAUCGCCGGGAGGACGCGUCAGUUGGAGAACAGCUCCGAUUUCGGGCAGGAAGUGCAGCUGAGAUACAGGGAACACGAGGACCUGCUGCGGAACGUGACCGACGACGAGGCCGAGGGGGCCUCGCCGCUGCACCGUGGGGACGCGACGCGGAACUCCACCGGGAACGCCGGCAUCGCGCCGAAGAAGUCCGCCGUCAAGUUGUCCAGGACCGCCUCGGACACGCGGCGAGGACAAGAGAUGGAGAUGCCCCUCAGGGGUCAGUCCAGGAUACAACAAGCUCGCACUUUCGUACGGCCGAUCGUCACCAAGAAGGAUCAGCGACAUCAUCACCUGCAGCUGCAGCAUCAUCAGCAACAACAACAACAACAACAACAGCAGAACAACUCGGCGACCAUUCCACUCAGGCCGUUGUCGGACGUCAUGCAGAAGGGUAUUCCAAGCGAUAAGGAGACGGGGGAUGGCGUAGGGGUGUCGAGUAGCGGGAGUCGGCUUUCGUCGAGGAGCCGGACUUCCGAGGAACCUCAUAUCGGCAAGUACAAAUUACUGAAAACCAUCGGCAAGGGGAACUUUGCCAAGGUGAAACUUGCUAAGCACGUGCCCACUGGGAAGGAGGUAGCCAUCAAGAUCAUCGAUAAGACUCAGUUGAAUCCCGGUAGCCUUCAAAAGCUGUUCCGUGAAGUCAGGAUAAUGAAGAUGCUCGACCAUCCGAACAUAGUCAAGUUGUUCCAAGUAAUCGAGACUGAAAAGACACUGUACCUGGUAAUGGAGUAUGCCAGCGGCGGGGAGGUCUUCGACUACCUGGUCCUCCACGGACGGAUGAAGGAGAAGGAGGCGAGGGCGAAGUUCAGGCAGAUCGUUUCUGCUGUGCAAUACUGCCAUCAAAAGAAGAUCAUCCACAGGGACUUAAAAGCCGAGAACUUGUUGCUCGACAGUGAAAUGAACAUCAAGAUCGCCGAUUUCGGUUUUAGCAAUGAAUUCACGCCCGGUAACAAACUAGACACCUUUUGCGGCUCGCCACCUUACGCUGCGCCGGAACUCUUUCAAGGAAAGAAGUACGACGGUCCGGAAGUGGAUGUUUGGUCGUUGGGUGUAAUCCUGUACACCUUGGUAUCCGGCUCACUGCCUUUCGAUGGUUCGACGUUGAGGGAAUUGAGGGAGAGAGUAUUAAGAGGGAAAUAUAGGAUCCCGUUUUAUAUGUCCACCGACUGUGAAAAUCUUCUCAAGAAAUUCUUGGUGCUCAACCCGACGAAGAGAGCCUCAUUAGAGAACAUAAUGAAAGACAAAUGGAUGAACAUGGGAUAUGAGGAUGACGAAUUAAAACCGUACUUAGAACCUGAACCUGAUUAUAGAGAUCACAAGAGGAUAGGUGAGUCUGCCAAGGCCCUAGCCAGUCUGGGAUACACUCGGAGCGAAAUAGAAGACUCCUUAGGACAAGCCAAGUAUGACGAUGUGUUCGCCACGUAUCUGCUCCUGGGCAGGAAAACGACAGACCCCGAAAGCGACGGGUCACGGUCGGGUAGCUCGCUGUCGCUGCGCAACAUUCCGCCUCAAGUCGGCUCGGGUGGUGGUGGAGGAAGCAGCGGAGGGACAGGCGGCGCGGUACAAAGUCCAUCGCACAGAGGUGUUCACAGAAGUAUUUCUGCUAGCAAUCCAAAACCCAGUAGGCGGGCCUCGUCCGGUGGUGAGACUCUUCGAGGCGCACCCAGUCCGGGUAAUGCAACGAAUCACAAUCACGCGACCGUGGUGACCGGUGGCGGCACUGUGACCGGCAGCGGCGGUAGCAAUUUCAAACGGCAAAACACCGUGGACGCGGCCACAAUCAAGGAGAACAGCGCCCGUGUCUCGGCAAGCCGACCCUCUGCACCUAAAAACAGUCCCGGGCAAUUAGAUACCAUGACGAUGUUCAUUCUAGGCGUGGGUACAAGUCCUGGUGGUAAAGCAAGGGUAGGCAAGAGCAACACUAUGAACGCAGGGGUAGGUGGUGGUCGGCCUCUCACCUCACCUGCUCCUGGUUCUGUUGGUCGGCGUAGUACCAUCUCCUAUGAUCAAGCGAAAACGUCAUCUUCAUCAACCGAACGAACCAACGAAGUACCCAGCCUGGGCGAGGGCACUAGACCAACGCGGGGUCACACGAAGUCUGCGAGCAUCAGCGCAGGUCACCGUUCCUCAAGUGGCGUACCCCCCAGCGACCAUUCACUACUGGACCCUCAACCACGCAACAACUCCUUACUCGCCACUGCUGACCCCCUUAGGCAGAGCUUGGGUGUAUCCGCAAGCAAUAGACUGCCCACAGCCACUACCCCGGCAUUCCCACGGAAUGUUCCGAGUCGCAGUACGUUCCAUUCUGGCCAAAACCGAGCACAGCGAAAUCACACUCAGGGUCACACACAAACGCAGGACACGAAUGCAAUUAGCCCUCUAGCGAGGCCGUCCUUCUUCUCGAAAUUAUCGUCGAAGUUCUCCAAACGAUUUUUUUAAGCGAAGGCUGAGGUCUCGCCUUGUUUCCCCCGAGCCGAAAUGAGAGCGAGCCGCAUGCAGAUAUAUCGCGCCACGGCGGCACAAAUUGCAGCCACUUUUAGGGCAAAAUGUUUCAAAUUUUAUUGAAUGGCGUUAGCGGAACUUCCAUCAAUGUGUUAUUUUAUUUCGUUUCGAUUUAUCUCUCUCACCUUGUUUCUCCUGGAUUAUAUCGAGAACUAUAGGGAUAUAAUGUUGUAUAUUUUGUAACAUUGUGUGUAGCGCGAGUUUCUUUCUUUCUUUUUAUUUACCACAGGAAAAUAUGUUGGAUAACGGACGGCGGUGAUGAAAUUAGAAUUCGUGCAAUGCACAGCAUCGGCUGUCCGCAUGCCUGGGUGUAAAACGAAACUUUAGUUAUUACAUUAUUCGAGAUUUUUGCAUUGCAUUUUUUAACUUAAUGCAACUUUAUUGCAGUAUAUUCUACUCGUGUCACUCGUUAAGAAAUUACAACAAAGUGGUCAACCAAGUUGAGACAUGUAAUGCGUACUGUUUUUUUUUUUUUUUUUACUUUUCUCUUCGGAAUUGUUUUGGUAUCCAGCAUAGGUUCCUCCUCUCAAAGAUAGCGUGGAAUUUAAUCUGGCUUUAUAUUCUCAUCAUCGAAAAUUAUAUACGUACAUUGGCUCCUUGUAUCGAUUCUCUGGUGUAAACGAAAUUCACAAGGAAAUAUGUCCUUUAAAACGAAUGGAUAUGUAUGUUACUAUAUGCAUACAAAAUGUGUAGAUAUUGACAUAGCUACAAUAUUUUCUCUCGUAAAAUAUUUUGUACAGCUUCAUUACCCUCGUAGUUAUUUAUGGAUAAUUUUGAAGCAAGAAUAGAUAACGUAUCUUUUCCGCAAGAAUGAAUGAAUGAAUUUAAGCAGACGGAGAAACUAACUCAAUUCAUCUGCAAUGUAUUAAGAGUGCGCGAUAGUCUUACGAUUUCAACGUAUUUCAUACUUUUUAUAUUGUCUUCUAAAUUAAUUAAUUUCUCCUAUAUACAUUUUAUAUUCUCUAUCUCCAAUGUCAGUAUAGUGAUUGCAUUUAUAUUAUACUUUGAAUACUACUCAGUUGACACAAAUUGAGAAACAUACAAAACACGAUUUCGAUCAGAUACAAGCAAAAGUGAAGAUAUGUAAGAAAUUAGGCAUUCCACUUUAUCUUUUCUUUACGUUUAAUGUAACACGCCUUUUAAAUGCGAUUACGAAAAAUUAAAGGUGUAGUUUAUUUUUUAUCAGAGAUUCCACACUGUCGGGGAGUUCUGUAAGCAAAUAGCAACCAGAAAAGUACAGAAAUGUUUUCAUGUUUAGCGUACUGAAAGAUUCCUUGUUUCUGUAGUUGAUCGCAGUUAUAAACGCUGUUCCAAUGUUGAUCUCAAAACUGACUAAUAAAUUAAGAUUUAGAGUGCUAUUUGAUUGCAAUGAACGGCAAUUCAAUUUUACCCACCUUGCUUUAAUUUAUUCUAUUAAUAAAUAUUCAUUUGUAUUGUAUAAUUUAUUGAGAAACCGACAUACAAUAGAACAUUAUUCGAACAAGGCAGGCCAUAAUUAAUUGGUACUUCAUUUAUUUGUAUAUUGAUUAAUGUAUCCCGAUCUACAUUGUACUAUUAUUUAAUUAUUAGAAAUAUACAAUAUUCAAGCACGUAUAUUUCUGCUCGUCAUUCUGGUCGUCAAUACAAAAGAUAAAAGUGACUGUAAAUCUUCUGGUAAAGAACAAUACUGUGCUUAGUACAAUAUGACACGUAUAAAAGAGUUCCAACUAAAGUAUAUGUAACUAUCUCAUUUCUAUUAUAAUUGUACACUAUUUUUUUUUUCUAUCGUAAAUCUUUUCUUAUUAUAUAUUUCCUACUUGAACUGUCUGUUGCAGAAAUAUAUAUUUUCCCGUGUUGGAAAAAAAAUGUAUUUCUCCGCCGUAUUUAAUGUUUGAAUUCGAAACAAAAUAUUAUAUGUAGUUUUUCGUGCUAUAUGUAAAAAUGCAGCUAUGGAAAGAAGAAUAGCAUCUUUAAAUCCAAGCUUGUUUUAAUACUAAGUGCAGAUAUUGACACUUUGGAUACAUUAUGAAUUUGAGAAUUGUGACCGUGUGUGUUAUCCCGAUAUCGGAAAUACGUGCCUUCUCCUAUUUGAUAUUGUGUAUUUCAAAUAUUUAGUUACACGACAAAUCGAUGCACUAAUCCUUCCACAGUCAUUGCCAAUAGCAUUUAUAAAUAUCUGGUCAACACAGUAGCAUCUACAUGUUAUAUACGGCAAGUAAUUAUUAUUAUUAUUAUUAUUAUUAUUAUUAUUAUUAUUAUUAUUAUUAUUAUUAUUAUUAUACGUUUAUUAUAUAUAUAACAAACCAUGGCGUAUCCUACAGAGUGGUCUUGGGCUACUUUGAAAGUAUGUUAUUUCUUAUUUUUAGCAGGAAAAUCAGAGAAACUUGGUAUAUUUAUCUCUGAUUUCGUAAGACAUUGCUAAUUUUUUUUUUUUAUACGUUCUCUUGUGUAUAAAGGUUAUUAAAGAAUUACAUAUUUACUUCUGUUGUACGAUAUAUAGAUGUUUCUAAUGAACUUCUUCAUUUUUUUUCAUUAUUAUUUACAUAUCAGGAGAUUGCACAAUUAAUGUAUUCUGACCUAUAAAUAUUUAGCAUUUUUGAUAUAAUAUAUUCCCAACGAAUGUAUUGGUUAAAUUUUUUUUUUUUUUUUUAUUGCAUUCUACCGAUAUUCGAUGCAUAUAAGUGAUAUUAGAAAGUUGUAAAGAUCUAACGAUGUAUACCUAAGGCCACCCAAUGAACUAAUGUGUAUGAAAUUGAGAAACGCUAGAAGAGAAAGAAUUAUCGAACGAAUUAGACCACGUCAUCUUAAAUAUAUCAAAGUAUGAGGUAUAUGAAGAGGAAAAUAUUUGUGUAUGCAAAUUAUAUAAAUAUAACAUGCCUUUAAAUGACCAUGCUCUUUGCUGCACUCCAACUACGUGCCCGUCCGAAUAUCCAGAGGAUCCUUAGGAUAUUCAGUUAAUUAUAUAGUCAAUCUAUUAUUUAAAAGAAUCCAAUUUAGAAAAAUUCUAAUUUAAACGUUACGUUCUGGAGGGCAGUAAAUAGCUGACAUAUACAUAUAUACAUAUAUACAUAUACGUAUAUAUGUAUGUAUGUAUAUGUAUAAACAGGAUAGAAAUAUUA